UUUAGAGUUUUAAAACAUAUUUAAAAUUAAACUUACGCUGUUGCAAGGAGAUGUCAGCAAGAAAAGGUGUUGGUUCACGGUUGAUGUGUCCUAGUCAUCCUAAUGCACCUUUAGUUGAAGAUUAUCGUGCCGGCGAUAUGGUGUGUCCUGAGUGUGGGCUAGUUGUUGGUGAUAGAGUUAUAGAUGUGGGUAGUGAAUGGAGAACUUUUAGCAAUGAAGCUAAUGGAGUUGACCGUUGUCGUGUUGGUGGUGGUGAGAAUCCUUUUUUGGAUGGUACUGAUCUUUCAACAAUGGUUGGUUCUGAUCGUGCCAGUGGUUCUGGAUUGGACUUACAAGGAUAUGCUCGGUACCAAAAUAGAAGUGGCAUAAGUGGAUCAGAUAGAAGUUUGCUAAACGCCUUUAGAGAAAUUCAAACUAUGGCUUCUCGAAUAAAUUUACCUAAGACAAUAACAGAUCGUUCAAAUCAAUUGUUCAAACAAGUUCAUGAUCAGAAGAGUUUAAAAGGUAGAAGUAAUGAUGCAAUAGCAUCUGCCUGUUUAUAUAUUGCUUGUCGUCAAGAAGGUGUUCCUAGAACUUUUAAAGAGAUUUGUGCAAUAAGCAAAAUACCUAAAAAAGAAAUUGGUCGAUGUUUUAAGUUAAUCUUAAAAGCACUUGAAGCUAGUGUUGAUAUAAUAACAUCAGAAGACUUUAUGUCUAGGUUCUGCUCCAACUUAAGUCUUCCUGCAAGUGUGCAACGUGCUGCAACUUAUAUUGCCAGAAGAGCUAUGGAACUUGAUUUAGUGCCUGGUCGAAGUCCUGUUUCAGUUGCAGCUGCUGCUAUUUAUCUAGCUUCACAAGCAUCUUUGGACAAAAAAUCACAAAAAGAUAUUGGAGAUAUUGCAGGAGUUGCUGAUGUUACUAUCCGUCAAUCAUAUCGCAGUUUGGUUGUUCGAGCAGCUGACCUAUUUCCUCCUGACUUUGUGUUUCACACACCGAUUGAUAGACUGCCUACAAGUUAGUAGAUGUUGCCUUCCAACUUUAUUUUACUCGAAGCUUUACCGAUUAUCGACGUUAUCGGGUUAGAGUUUUCAAAUUGUUUAGUAUUUAUAGGAUUUUACGGUCAGUUUUUUAAAAACUGUUGAAUGACUUCGUUGGUCCGUAUUUCUUUAAUGCUUUCAAGAAUCUAACUGUUGCGAAACAUGUUUUAUGGGCUAAAAACAUAUGUUGUUAAUAUAAAUAUGUUGUUAAUUUAAACUUCAAACUUUUUUAUUCUAAAUAAAUAGUUGUAUUACUA